AUGACUCAGCAACUCAAAGACAUUGAAGUUUGGAGCCAGAGUAGGCAACAAGGUGUCAAUCCUUGUGCUAAAGACAAUGGAGGAUGCCAGGAUCUGUGUUUGUUCAAUGGCACUACUGUCAUAUGUCAGUGUGCUCAUGGGAAAGUAGCAGCUGAUGGAACAUCGUGCAGAGAUCAUGACGUAUUUAUCCUCUAUUCAAGCGUCUCAAGUGUGAAAUCCAUCCAUAUUUUUGGAGGGUUGAGUCAUAACAGCCCCUUGAAACCGAUUGAUGGGGAGGGACAGAUGAAAAAUGCAAUUGGCUUGGCUUUUGAUUACAAGAGGAAACUUCUUUAUUAUUCUGACAUUGGGAAGAGCACCAUCAAUAAAAUAUUCUUCAAUAAUACUGGGUUGGAUGUUAUUGCCUCAGAUCAAGGAGCAGUCGAAGCACUAGCAUAUGAGCCAAUUGGUCAUGAGCUGUUUUGGACAUGUAGCUCAGAUUCCACUUUGAAACGAUUGCAGCUGGAUACCAGUACAUCAAAUACUGAGAUAGAGAAAAUUGUCAUCCUAAGGUUUGAUGACAAGCCAAGAGGCAUAGCACUGGACAGCUGCAAAGCAUUUGACAUGAUCACUGAGGAGCUGCAUCAUAUGGAACAGAAUGUUGCCAAGCCCAUGAGCAUCAUUGUGGUCUCAGAUAAUGAUCUGAAAUGUGAUUUGAAUCCAUGUAGUCGCCACAAUGGAGGUUGUGAAAGCCAUUGCAUCCCCAAUGAUCAGAGUAUUUUACAGGUCAAGUGCACCUGUAAAAAUGGCACCCACCUGGCCCCAGAUGGCACAAGGUGCAUAACAGAGGGAUGUGCACCUGAGCUAUUUGAGUGUUCUAAUGGAAGAUGCAUCAACUAUUCAAAAACUUGUGACAUGGCAAAAGACUGUGACUCUGGCAAUGAUGAAAACCUCUCUUUCUGUGCACUGAGGAGGUGCACAAAGGGCUACUUCAAGUGUUCAAAUGGACAUUGUGUACCUGAGUCUGCCUUUUGCAAUAGUGUGGAUGAUUGUGGUGAUUUCUCUGAUGAAAGAAAUUGUCCAGGGAAUGACUCAUCCUUCAUUUGUCCUUCUAGUCCAUCAAUUGAAGCUAUUCCCUGUGAUAGAAGCCCUGAUUGCCCUGAUGCAAGUGAUGAAAUGAACUGUCGUGAGUCAAGCUCUGAUCAUCCCCAACAUCCAUUCCAAGUAGCAGUCCAUGGGAAGUUCUUAUUCUGGACUGAUUGGGUACUGAAUGAUGUCGUUAGAUUUGACAUGAUCACUGAGGAGCUGCAUCAUAUGGAACAGAAUGUUGCCAAGCCCAUGAGCAUCAUUGUGGUCUCAGAUAAUGAUCUGAAAUGUGAUUUGAAUCCAUGUAGUCGCCACAAUGGAGGCUGUGAAAGCCAUUGCAUCCCCAAUGAUCAGAGUAUUUUACAGGUCAAGUGCACCUGUAAAAAUGGCACACACCUGGCCCCAGAUGGCACAAGGUGCAUAACAGAGGGAUGUGCACCUGAGCUAUUUGAGUGUUCUAAUGGAAGAUGCAUCAACUAUUCAAAAACUUGUGACAUGGCAAAAGACUGUGACUCUGGCAAUGAUGAAAACCUCUCAUUCUGUGCACUGAGGAGAUGCACAAAGGGCUACUUCAAGUGUUCAAAUGGACAUUGUGUACCUGAGUCUGCCUUUUGCAAUAGUGUGGAUGAUUGUGGUGAUUUCUCUGAUGAAAGAAAUUGUCCAGGGAAUGACUCAUCCUUCAUUUGUCCUUCUAGUCCAUCAAUUGAAGCUAUUCCCUGUGAUAGAAGCCCUGAUUGCCCUGAUGCAAGUGAUGAAAUGAACUGUCGUGAGACUGUAAUCCAGGGACAAGAACAGGUGAUCACUAAGGAUGCUGCUUGGAACCCAGCCAAGCAAGACUGCUCUGCAGAACACCCUGAGAAGAUAAACUGCCGAUACACAACUGCAUGCAUUCUUCCAUCUUGGAUCUGUGAUGGCACCAAUGACUGCUGGGACAACAGUGAUGAGAAAGAUUGCCCCAUUGUAGGAAGUUCCAAGGCAUGCCCUGAGAAGAACUGGAGGUGUAAAUCUGGACAGUGCAUCCCAUUGAAUUGGAAAUGUGAUGGAGAGAAUGAUUGUGAUGAUGGUGAAGAUGAAGAUGACUGUGUAUACACGUGCCCAGAAGGAACAUUCCUUUGUGACAAAACAGAGUGUCUCCCUGACCAUUGGCGCUGUGAUGGUGCAAGCGACUGUCAUGAUGGUUCUGAUGAAGUUCCAUGCAGUGACCAAGAAUGUUCUGGUAUUCUUUGUAAAUCCAGUGAGCAGUGCAUUCAGAAAUAUUCUAUUUGUGAUGGCCAUGUGGAUUGUCCAGAAGGAGAUGAUGAAGUGAAUUGUACAGUUCCCAUUUGCCAGGACAAUGAAUUUUCCUGUCUCAACCAAGAAUGGGUAUGUGAUGGGGUAAAUGACUGUGGAGACAAUAGUGAUGAGCCAGAUUGGUGUGAAUUCUGUCCAAAAGAUCAUUUCCAAUGUACCAAUUCCAAGUGCAUCCCUCUCUCCCAGUGUGGAGAUGGUAAUAAUGAUUGUGGUGACAAUUCUGAUGAGACCCGAUGUCCUGGCUCAUCAGCACAAAUUCCAAAAAAAUGCACUGAGGAGGAGUUCAGGUGUCGUGAUGGAACAUGUAUCCCAUUGAAUGCUACCUGCAAUGGGAAUAGAGACUGUCCUGGUGAGGACAAUAGUGAUGAGAAUUGUGGUUUUUGUGAUCAACCCAAUCUUUGUCAUCAAGAUUGCAUCAAUAUUGCUGGAGGGUAUCGGUGCUCUUGUCGUCCUGGUUUCCAAUUAAACCACUCCACAAAUUUUUGUGAAGACAUCAAUGAGUGUCUCAUUGAAAGACCUUGCUCACACUUCUGUAGCAAUACCAUUGGAAGCUACAAGUGCUCUUGUGCUGCUGGAUACAUUGCCCUCCACAAUGGAAGGAGUUGUCGUGCUAACACAACUGUGAAACCUCAGUUGUACUUCUCCAAUCGUCAUUUCAUUCUAUCAAUGGAUCUACAAGGUCACCAUAUUAUAGAACUUGUGGAUAAUUUGACUAAUGCCAUUGCUUUGGAUUUUGAUCUUCGAGAGAGAUGCAUUUACUGGUCAGAUGUAUCCCCUCUGAGAUCUCAGCUCAAGAAGAUGUGUGAGAUUGGAAAAAGUCAGACAAUCCAUGCUGUCCAAAUGACUGACAUCCAUAAUCCAGAUGGACUUGCUGUUGAUUGGAUUGGUCGUAAUUUAUAUUGGUGUGAUAGGAGCACCAAGACAAUAGAGGUAUCUACCCUGAAAGGACUUUAUCGGAAGGUCCUGAUUCAGACUGGUCUUCGGGAACCGAGGGCAAUUGCACUUCACCCUGACAAAGCGUACAUGUAUUGGACAGACUGGGGGGAAAACCCACAUAUUGGAAGAGCUGGCAUGGAUGGAUCAGAAGGGAAGUAUAUUAUGACGGACAAUUUGGUGUGGCCAAAUGCUCUUGCUAUUGACUAUGUGACUGAGGAAAUUUUCUGGGCAGAUGCCAAGUUAGAUUAUAUUGGUGUGGCUGACCUGGAUGGGAACAAGAGGAAGACUGUCCUGUCUCUUGGUGAAACUUCUGGUGCCGUGCAUCAUGUAUUUGCAAUUACAGUCUUUGAAGAUUACUUGUACUGGACUGACUGGGAAACUAAGUCAGUAGAAAAAUGUAACAAGCACAAUGGAAGUGAACGAAAAACAUUAUUGAUGUCUGAACACCAACCCAUGGGCAUCCAUGCCAUCCAUGAAUAUCGUCAGUCCAACUGUGAGAUAUGUCUUGUUUGA